AUGUAUGCCGUGCAACCCAUGCAGUACAUCGAGGUGCCAGAACAAAUGGUGGACGUAGCCAAACACGCUUUUCGGAAGAGGCAAAAGCGGCCAGGUGUAAUCGUAGCAGCAAAUGACCAACAGCACUUCGCCAAGCAGGUCCUCUUGCAGCAGCUCCAUUCUGCCAGCAAUGAGAUUUCCUUCCGUAAUCUGACCAACAUGGACAUGCCGCUUAACGUGACGUAUUACCACCUGGCCGGCUUCCUGCUGAACAAAAAAAAGUACCUGACGAUCGGCAUCUCGUCGGUGAAGAGGGCGAGGGGCAACUACCUGCUGCAGACGCUCAAGUCGAUUUGAGCGUCGAGCGACGACGAGCUCGCGGACAUGGUGAUCGUCGUGCACCUCGCCGACUUCGACGCGGAGUGGUGCGAGGGCACGGCGCGCGCCGUCGCCCGCAAGUUCUCGCAGCACGUCAUGCGCGGCCGCCUGGUGGUCAUCCACGCCCCGCGGCACACCUACCCGCCGCUGCAGGGCCUCAAGAGGAACUUCGACGACCCCGACGACAGGGUGACCUUCCGCUCCAAGCAGAACGUCGACUACGCCUUCCUCACCAACUUCUGCGCCAACCUGUCGGAGAACUACCUGAUGCUGGAGGACGACGUGGCGUGCUCGCGCAACUUCCUCACCUACGUGCGCAAGUUCGUGUCCUCGCUCGAGGGCCAGCCCUGGGCCACGCUCGAGUUCUCCAAGCUGGGCUACAUCGGCAAGCUGUACCGCUCGUGCGACCUGCCCCGCCUCGCCCGCUUCCUGCUCAUGUUCUACCAGGAGAUGCCGUGCGACUGGCUCCUCAACCACUUCCGCACGCUGCUGGCGCAGGGCGACGCCAUCCGCUUCAAGCCGUCGCUGUUCCAGCACAUGGGGUACUACUCGUCCUUCCGGGGCACGGCCAACAAGCUCAAGGACGACGACUUCGAGGACGAUUAUAGCAGCCAAAUGCUCUUAAGUGUAGUGUUUGACACGUUUGAUGGCUCCAUCACGGUGUGA